AUGAUCACAACUAUCGAAUCAAAACCAUGUCAAGCAAAUAAUAAUGGAAUUUGUUGCGAAAAAGAUGCCAGAGCGAAAUGUUUUCAUUGUUCACAUGAUUUAUGUUUGAUGCAUUUAACUGAACAUACACAAUAUGUUGAAAACCAAACACGUACAUGUUUAUAUUCCCAUGAAAAAGUUUUAAAUGAUUUAUAUAACGAAUUGGAAUCUGUUUCAAUAUCAUCACGUAUAUCAGAGUAUCCAUUUAUUCAAUUGGAAAAAUGGCGUAUAGAUGCACAUAAAAAAUUAGAUCAAUUAGCUGAAGAAAAACGACAAGAGAUUAAAAGAAAAAUUUCCGAAUAUCAAAUUAUAUUUAUAGAAAAAACCAAUGAAGAAAAACAAAAAAUUGAACUAUUUAAAAAACAAUUGAAUGAUUUAACUCGAAGAACACAUGUGAUCAAUAAAGAUAUUAAACAUAUAGAAGAUAAAAUCAAAGAAACUCAAUCGUUUUUACAAUCCAUUGAAAAACAUUCAAUUAAAAUUUCUACUUAUGCAUUUUUUGUGAAUAUUAGAACAAUGUUUUUCGAUUCACAAACUUCAAAAAUGGUUCAGUCACCAUCGCCAUUACCAACUGUUAUUCAAACGGCACAAUCGAAAAGAAAUACACGUUCGGAAUUGAAAGAAUUUGUCAAUAAUACAAAUAAAAAAUGUCUAGAUAAAAAACGGUCAUUAUCUGUUUCUUUAUUAUAA